AGCCCCGGUCUCUCUCUCUCUGUGUGUGUGUGCGCCCCUGCUGUCGGAUGUGCGCUGCUGUGUGUUUUCUCUCUCAUGGAGGAUUUUCAGGAACUAACAGGAAAGCAGGAGAAACUCUGAAACUUCGAGCGCUCGAGCGGUGCGGCUGACGCGCGCGGCUCGCGGCUUCUGAGCGGCUUUCUCAGCGGAUCCGGACCGCGUUUCGGAGGACUUUGGAUUCGGCGAUGGCCGGCGCGUGUCCCGCUCCGCCGCUCUGGUAUCACCGGGAUCUGAGUCGCGCGGCGGCGGAGGAGCUGCUGGCUCGAGCCGGGCGGGACGGGAGUUUCCUGGUGCGGGACAGCGAGAGCGUCAACGGCGCGUACGCGUUAUGCGUGCUGUAUCAGAAACAUGUUCACACUUACAGAAUCCUGCCUGAUGAGGAGAACUUCCUGGCGGUGCAGACGUCUCAGGGAGUUCAGCCCAAGCGCUUCAAGACUCUUCCUGAGUUGAUUCAGUUGUAUCUGCAGCCCAGUCAAGGCCUGGUGACCACACUGCUGUUUCCAGUGGAGAGAGAGGAAACCACAGAGGAGAGAGAUUACUCGGAUGGUGAAGAUGAGAAGCCGCCCCUCCCUCCACGCACUGCCUCCUCCAGCAGCCCUGCAGGCUCCGCCCUCGUCAGUCCAGACACGCCCCCUGAGAAUGUGACGGCGUCGAACGGCCUGAGCACCAUCUCUCACGAGUAUCUGAAGGGCAGCUACGCUCUGGACCUGGAGGCGGUCAAACAGGGAGCGAACAGCCUGCCGCACCUCAACAAGACGCUGGUGGCGUCCUGCAAACGCCUGCAUGGGGAAGUGGACAAGGUCCUGUGCAGUCUGGAGAUCCUGUCGAAGGUCUUUGAUCAGCAGAGCGCCUCCAUGGUGUCCAGAAUGAUCCAGCAGACCAUGUCUCAGGGUGGAGAUCAGGAGCUGGAGCAUCUGGUCACUAAACUGGCCAUCCUCAAAGAUCUGCUGUCAUCUAUAGAGAAGAAGGCUCUGAAGGCUCUUCAGGACAUGAGCUCAUCUACUCCAAACAUCUCACCGCUGCUGUCCAUCAGACACAAAGCUAUUCCUGUGCAGACCUUCGAGGUGAAACUGGACGUGUAUCUGGCCGACCUGACGAAGAUCGGGAAGAGUCAGAAAUACUCGCUGAGUGUGGACGUGGAGGGAGGAAAACUAGUGGUGAUGAAGAAGAUGAAGGACGCGCAGGAAGACUGGAACACGUUCACACACGACAAGAUUCGGCAGCUGAUAAAGUCUCAGCGUGUUCAGAAUAAACUCGGAAUCGUCUUUGAGAAGGAAAAAGACAAAAGCCAGAGGAAAGAUUUCAUCUUUGCCAGUGCGAAAAAAAGGGAAGCGUUCUGCCAACUACUGCAACUCAUGAAGAACAAACAUUCCAAUCACGACGAGCCCGACAUGAUCUCCAUCUUCAUCGGAACAUGGAACAUGGGCAGUGUUCCUGCUCCGAAGUCGAUGGGAUCGUGGAUUUUAUCCCGAGGUUUGGGGAAGACUCUGGAUGAGAUGGCGGUGACGAUCCCUCAUGACAUCUAUGUGUUCGGGACGCAGGAGAACUCUGUGUGUGAUAAGGAGUGGGUGGAGACGCUCCGCUGCGCCCUCAAAGACUACACCGAGACCGACUACAAACCCAUCGCAGUGCAGACGCUGUGGAACAUUAAGAUCGUGGUGUUAGUGAAGGCUGAACACGAGAACCGCAUCAGUCAAACACAAACACACACACACAAAAACACAAACACACACACACAAGGAAACAAAGGAGCAGUGGGUGUGUCCUUCAUGUUCAAUGGAACGUCGUUCGGUUUCGUUAACUGUCACCUGACGUCCGGCAAUGAGAAGAUCCACAGACGGAACCAGAACUAUCUGGACAUCCUGCGUCAGCUGUCGCUGGGCGAUAAACAGCUCAACUCCUUCGACAUCUCGCUGAGAUUCACGCAUCUCUUCUGGUUCGGCGAUCUCAACUACCGGCUGGACAUGGACAUACAGGAAAUCCUCAACUACAUCAACAGGAAGGAGUUUGAGCCAUUGUUGAAGGUGGACCAGCUGAAUCUGGAGAGAGAGAAGAACAAGGUCUUCCUUCGCUUCGCGGAGGAGGAGAUCACCUAUCCGCCCACGUACCGUUAUGAGCGCGGCUCGCGAGACACUUACGUCUGGCAGAAGCAGAAGGCGACUGGGAUGCGGACCAACGUUCCUUCAUGGUGUGACAGAAUCCUCUGGAAAUCCUAUCCGGAGACGCACAUCGUGUGCAACUCUUACGGAUGUACAGAUGAUAUCGUCACCAGCGAUCACUCGCCUGUCUUCGGCACGUUCGAGGUGGGCGUCACGUCUCAGUUCGUCUCUAAGAAAGGUCUGCCCAAGUCUUCAGAACAGGCCUACAUCGAGUUUGAGAACAUCGAAGCCAUCGUUAAGACGGCCAGCAGAACCAAAUUCUUCAUUGAGUUUUACUCAACGUGUCUGGAGGAGUUUAAGAAGAGUUAUGAGAACGACACUCAGAGCAGUGAUAACGUGAACUUCCUGCGUGUGGGCUGGUCAUCCAAACAGCUGACCACACUGAAGCCCAUCCUGUCUGACAUCGAGUAUCUGCAGGACCAGCAUCUGCUGCUGACCGUCAAAUCCCUGGAUGGAUACGAGUCCUACGGCGAGUGUGUUCUGGCUCUGAAGUCAAUGAUCGGCAGCACAGCUCAGCAGUUUCACACUUAUCUGUCUCAACUAUAAAAAGAAACAAUAAACAUCCUCGUCACAAAAAUAUACAUAUACACACACAAACGAAUCAUAACAAUAUAACUCUCAUCUUCAAAUGAGACAGAGAGAGAGAGAGUGUGUUGGAUCAGUGUGGAUAAGGACGAGACGGGCGGACCCAAAGGCAGGACUCUUCCUCCUCGAGCCGGACACGACUAUGUCAAACCCUCCACCAGCAGGAAGUUGGGGUCAGCUGACCUCGGGAAGGUCUCAGAGGAAGGAGAAAAGAGCGUCACGGGAAGACAUCCACACACACACUCCUGUAAAGAGGAGAGCGCACAGAACAGAGGCAAACAGGAUCCGUUUGAGGGCGAUGUACCACCGUGCAAAAACAGCUUCAAUAACCCCGCCUACUACAUUCUAGAAGGCGUUCCCAACCAAUCCGCUGCUCUGGCCUCUGACAUGCUCCCAAGCUCCGCCCUCCCUCCACUAGCCAAUAAAACAGCUCCUCCUGCAGGCGGUGUGGGGAAAAACAAGCCGCCCAGCGGGAGUUCUGCACCGGGUCGAAGGCAGACGGCUGGACGCCCGGUUCGGCCCAUCAGCGAGGACGCAUCGGAGGACGACGGGAACAUCGGGCCUCACGUCGGGUCGCUGAAUCGGCCCCCGCCUGACUUCCCUCCUCCUCCGCUGCCCAAAGGACCUCUGGAGAUGGCGGAGAACUCGUUCGGAAAACCGCGGAUGUUUUCAGACCUCGCCGACGUCAAGAUCCCGCCCCCGUCUGCAGUUCCGUCCAAACCGCUGCCGUCGCCCAGCUUCGCACCGCCCUCUGGAGGAGGCGUGGCCUUCUGUCUGGAGGCUCCACCCAUUAACUCGAGCCCUUUCCGUCGUGGGGGCGGGGCCUCGGGACUGGACGACCAGUCGUGUUCGGUGCUGCAGAUGGCCAAGACUCUGAGUGAAGUGGAGUAUCCGUCGGGAAGAGGCGUCUUGAAGACGAGCGCUCCUCACAUCAGAGGCCUGACCUUCCCUCCGCGCUCCAUACAGGAGGAGAGCAUCGCAGAAGACCUGCCCGAGGAGGGUCUGUGGCAUGACGAGAGCAGCAGCAGCAGUCUGUCGGUGGAGUGCAGCGUCGGUGAGUGGCUUCAGAAGCUCGGUCUGCAGCAUUAUGAGCAGGGACUGCUGCACAACGGCUGGGACGACCUGGAGUUCCUCAGUGACAUCACAGAGGAGGAUCUGGAGGAGGCGGGCGUUCAUGACCCCGCCCACAAGAAAAUACUGCUGGCCAGCUUAAAGCAACAGCAGCAGCAGAAAUGAGAUCCAGACCGGACUGAACCGAGAGAAACUUUGCACUGGUAGAGAAAGUGGUUUUAAUUUAAUCUGAUGUAAUAAAGCUGGUCGUUUAGUUCCUAAUAUUAUUUAAACAAGUCAAAAAAAGACAUUUCACUAAGCCCCGCCCCGACUUCCUGUCGUCUGCGGCCGGAGGAAGUAACGCCAUCGGAACAUUCCUCACCUUUGGUGACUGAAGUGUUAAUUAUGAACAGUUUGUUUUUCUUGCAUGUUUUAUGACUUUAAAGGGAAGGGAGAAGCCCAAAGCAGCAGCUCAAACUGUGUUUGUUUGUAGUUUGUCAGAGAUCUUCAUCUGGUUUGUGUGGAGGUCAGUAACAGGGUCUGGUCAGCAGGUGGCGCUGGAUGAUCAGGCUUCAUCUGACUCAUACGGAUGUCAAUCCAUUAAUAAUUAUUAAUAAUAAGUGAUGCACAUCCGUCGUUCAGAUGUGUUCUGAUUGGUUCAUUGAGGAUCCUGACGUCAGAUGAGUUCACAUCUGCUUCAGAUCCAGUGUUUGUGAGUCUCCAGACCUCAGUCUCGUUUCACAUGAGCUUCAGUUCGGGAAGCUUUCAGAGUUUUACCUCGGUCUGUGAUGAAUCACUCCAUGUUUGAAUCGAAAUAGCAGGAAAUCUGUUUGUUUUAUUUAACAGUGUCUUUAAUAUUAUUAUCAGUGGAGUGUUUCUCCUAAAAUGCAUGUAUAUGUUCUUGCAUACAUUUCAUCAUCAUCGUCAUUAAUAAUCAUAAUCCUUUGAAUAUUAUUAACUGUUUAACUCUGUGUUGUUAUAAGUUAAUAUUGUGUUUGAGUUCCUGUCCUUUCAAUGUUUUUUUCUUCUUUUUUUCAAUUUAAUAAAAAAUAAAAUCUAAUGUGCCUUCA